CGCGUGGGGCGGGGGGGGGGGGAGGGCGACCGGGAGGUUCGGGGUUGUUGGACUGGUGAGUUUUCGAGGUGCCUGUGCGGUGCUCGGUGAGGGGACACCCAGAGACCCCUGACCCAGACUCACUCAGUCGCCUUUCUCCUCCGCCUGUCUCUGCGCCGGACCCGGCACCAUCUCUUUGCCCACACUUGAGUGACACAAGAUGCCCUUCAAUGGUGAGAAGCAGUGUGUGGGCGAGGACCAGCCAAGCGAUUCAGACUCUUCCCGGUUUUCCGAAAGCAUGGCUUCACUCAGUGACUCUGAGUGCUCCAGGCAGAGCUUUACAAGCGACUCUUCCAGCAAAUCCAGCUCUCCUGCUUCAACAAGCCCUCCCAGGGUUGUAACAUUUGACGAAGUGAUGGCUGCAGCAAGGAACUUAUCAAACAUGACACUUGCUCACGAAAUUGCUGUAAAUGAGAACUUUCAAUUGAAACAAGAAGCCCUCCCUGAGAACAGCUUAGCCAGUCGAGUGAAGCACAUUGUCCACCAGGCCUUCUGGGACGUCCUGGAGUCAGAACUGAAUGCUGAGCCUCCCGAGUAUGAACAUGCCAUCAAACUGUUUGAAGAAAUCAGAGAGAUUCUCCUCUCUUUUUUGACUCCUGGCGGCAACCGACUUCGCAACCAAAUCUGUGAAGUUUUGGACACAGACCUCAUUAGGCAACAGGCUGAGCACAGUGCUGUUGACAUCCAAGGCCUGGCCAACUAUGUCAUCACUACAAUGGGAAAGCUGUGUGCUCCCGUGCGAGAUGACGAUAUCAGAGAGCUCAAGGCUACCAGCAACAUCGUGGAGGUGCUGAGACAAAUAUUUCAUGUCCUGGACCUCAUGAAAAUGGACAUGGUCAAUUUUACAAUUAGGAGUCUCAGACCACAUCUUCAACGCCAGUUGGUGGAUUAUGAGAGAACCAAGUUCCAAGAAAUUUUAGAAGAAACUCCAAGUGCUCUUGAUCAAACUACAGAAUGGAUAAAAGAAUCUGUAAAUGAAGAACUACUUUCUCUUUCUGAGACUGCUUUAACUCCUGGGGCUGAAAACAGCUCUAAGCCAAGCCUGAGCCCUACACUGGUGCUAAAUAACAGUUAUUUAAAACUGUUACAUUGGGAUUAUCAGAAAAAAGAAUUACCAGAGACACUCAUGACAGAUGGAGCACGUCUUCAGGAACUGACAGAAAAGCUGAAUCAAUUGAAAAUUAUUGCCUGCCUGUCCCUAAUUACCAACAACAUGGUGGGUGCUCUUACAGAAGGCCUCCCUGAGCUUGCAAACAGGUUAAAAAGGAUUUCAGCUGUUCUACUCGAAGGCAUGAACAAAGAGACCUUUAACUUGAAGGAAGUCCUGAAUUCUAUCGGUGUUCAGACUUGUGUUGAGGUUAACAAGGCCCUGGUGGAGAGAGAUUUAUCCAUUUUAAAUGCGGAGGCCCAAGCUAAUCUCAUAGGUCAAUUUUCAAGCAUCGAAGAGGAGGACAAUCCUAUCUGGUCCUUGAUUGAUAAACGAAUCCAACUAUACAUGAAAAGCCUACUUUGUCUUCCAAGUCCUCAAAAAUGCAUGCCUCCCGUGCCAGGAGGCCUUGCUGUCAUUCAACAGGAGCUAGAAGUGCUAGGCUCUCAAUAUGCAAACAUUGUGAAUCUCAACAAACAAGUGUACGGACCAUUUUAUGCAAAUAUACUUCGAAAGCUGCUCUUCGGUGAGGAAGCCAUGGGAAAGGCGGAUGCCUCAUCUUCUAACUAAGGAGGAACUGACAUUGGAUGUGAGGUUGGAAAUCCAGCACUUUGGUACCCAGUCUCUUUCCACCAGUGGCAUUACAGAUGCGACACAUUCUUAGUCCUUUUCAUGGUGCAGUGUUAGCCUGAAUUUGUGAAAUCUGGUAAUAUUAGUGUUGCAGAAAACAUGCACAUCAUAUAGACCCUAUUCAUGCAUCAUUUUCAAGUUCAAAAGAGAUGUUUUUAAUGGACAGAAAGCAAUUUGUAAUUAAUUAUAUUACCUAUAUAAUACUUGUAAAUGUUUUCUUAAGUAUUCAUAUAUGGCUUAUUCAUUCAACUUUAAGGAGUUGUAUUUCCUCACUUGUCACUAUCAAAUCUAAUGAUUUUUAAUUUUGGUACAACUUCUUAAAGGAUUGGAAGUCGUGAGAAUCACCAAGGGGACUGAUGUUCUGAAUAAAUGAUGUGAAGUAAGCAUAAUUGUAUUUGAAAUGUACAAUUAAAUAUUAUUAAUGUGUAACAGAAACUUACAUAGUAAGUCUUCAAAUUCCACAAAUGUACCAAAUCACAUAUUACCAAUUGUCAGUAUUUGUCUAGAACUUAAAUUUGUUAAAAAUAUUUUAAAGCUAUGUACAAAUUUUAGAUAAAACUUGUUCAUUUAGUGAAAAUAGAAAAAAAAUCCCUUCCAAAAUUUUAUUCUAGAGGUUGGUUUUUCUGCCUGCAACUUAUCCUGCCCUCUGAGAGAAACAACUUUUGCACAAAUAUCUUAGUGAAUGUCCUUGCAUUUCUCAGGCCAUAGGUAAGGUUUAUAUAAGAUUUUGAUAUUUUUACAUAAGGCAGGAGUGGUUUGAAUUGAUUUAUUUAUAAUAAGAAGGGAAGUUAACAAUAAAACCAGAUCCCCAGGGAGAUCACUGUUCUCAGUGAAGUUCACAUCUGAAAAAGAAAUAGUCCAAACUUUGGAUUUUUUUUAACCAUAUAACUUGCUAGCAAAUGCCCCCUGUGCUGAUUAAAUUCUUACCCCGCUGUGACCAAGAUGCUCUUCUAAGUCUCAUUAUCAUUUGACAUUCUCAAGCAUUAAAGCAAAACUUGGCCAAGUCGGCACUGGCUGUCAUCGGGCCUUUAGAGAAAUCGGCUUGUCCUGGAGUUGAAUACUUCUUUUGAAAUGUUAAGGGAAACACUCCAGUCUGGGCAGACUCCAUCUAGAAAGUACUUUAUUCCCAUCAAACACAUUUUGG